AUGGUUAAAUAUGCCAAAAAGUUGAGGGACCUUGGGAAAUGUGCCAAAGGGGCAGGUAUGGAUUUAAGGGUCCAUUUCAAAAAUACAUAUGAAACUGCGAGGGCUAUAAGAAGAAUGAAAUUGUUGGACGCAAAAAAGUAUUUGAAUGAUGUUAUUGAAAAAAAAAGGUGUGUGCCAUUUCGUAGGUAUAAUGGAGGUGUAGGAAGAACAAAUCAAGCAAAAGAAUUUGGACAUACCCAAGGAAGAUGGCCAACAAAAUCAUGUAAAUUUCUUUUAAAUGUUUUGGAUAAUGUACAAGCCAAUGCAGAGGCAAGAAAUUUGGAAGUAAGCAAAUUGAGAUUAAUCCAUGUGAUGGUUAAUAGAGCUCGUGCAGGACGAAGAAGAACGUUUAAAGCUCAUGGUCGAAUUAAUCCUUUUAUGUCUUCACCAUGUCACAUACAAAUAAUUGCUAAAGAGAUAACGAAACCUGCGAAGAAAUCUCUUUUGACGAAUGCAGAAAAGGAGAAGGAACUCCCAUUUAAAAUUACGUUAAAAAAAUUGAUAAAAUUAAAUAUAUCUAAACAGCAAAUUAAUAAAAAGAACAAGAAAAAAAGACCGUAA